AAUAGAAUCUCGGCUGUGAUGAUUUGUAUACAAUUGUCGCACAUACAGACGAAUCAGAACACAAAGAUAAAAUAUUUGUUAACGAACGAAAAUGAAAGUGGGUACGAAAUAUCGCUCAGUGGUAAUAUAGCCGUUGAUAUAUCGGAGAAGUAUGGCCGGAAAUUUUUGGCACAGUUCUCAUCACCAACAAUGGUUACUCGAUAAACAAGAUUUAGUUCGAGAACGUCAGCACGACCUUUCUGUUUUAUCCGAAGAAGAGUAUCAAAAACUAUUUAUUUUUUUUUCAAACUUGAUUCAAAUAUUGGGUGAACAGUUGAAACUCCGACAACAGGUGAUAGCGACAGCCACCGUCUAUUUUAAACGGUUCUUUGCCCGCAACAGUUUAAAAUGUAUUGACCCGUUGCUGUUGGCCCCAACUUCCUUGUUUCUGGCUUCUAAGGUAGAGGAAUUUGGAGUCACAUCGAACACCAGGCUGAUUACGACAUGCCAGACUGUCGUAAAAAACAAAUUCAACUAUGCCUACUCUCAGGAAUUUCCCUAUAGAACCAAUCACAUUCUGGAAUGUGAAUUCUAUCUUUUGGAACACCUUGACUGCUGUCUGAUAGUCUAUCAACCGUAUCGUCCACUAUUAACACUUGUACAAGAUGUUGGACCAGACGAUCAGCUGCUCACGCUAGCUUGGCGUAUAGUCAAUGACAGCUUGCGCACAGAUGUGUGUCUGCUCUAUCCCCCGUACCAAAUCGCUAUCGGUUGCCUGCAAAUUGCCUGUGUAAUACAGAAUAAAGAUUUAAAGUCAUGGUUUGCCGAGUUGAAUGUGGAUAUGGAAAAGAUUCAGGAGAUUGCCAGGUACAUAAUUAACUUAUACGAGUUGUGGAGAACUUAUGACGAGAAGAAAGAAAUACAAGGAUUAUUGGGCAAAAUGCCGAAACCAAAGGCUGCACCGCAACGCUGACAUCAACCUCCUGCGGAUCCUUUGAACUGGGAAUCAAGUCAGGAGGAUCGUUUGUACAAUUAAUUACUUAAUCUUUAUAAAAAAUUAUUGGACCGUAAGGAAUGAGAGAAUAUUAUUUUGCUCUCCGCUACAUUGACUGUGAGAAUAUUUGGGAAAUUACGAUCAUCAAAUAUUGAUAAAUUUAAUCAAAUUUAUUUCCUUAUUUUCGUAACCUUUAUCAUAGAAAUUAUUUAUAUCAUUGACACUGUAAUCCCAUUAGCUUCCAGGUCUUUGUAACUUCUUAUCAGGACUGGCAUAAUUAUAGUUAUCAUCAAGAGCAUUAUUGUUACUCCAACGCCGCUUUAUUCCAGAGUGAUUGGUGGCAGACUUUUGCAACCACUUUACCUACAA